AUGGAACGUGUAAUAUACGCAAGAAGUCGAAUGCAAGCGGGUGCAAAGCCAGCUGUUGUAGGCGGAAAGCCUAUUACUGAAGAGUUAGCUAUGGAACUUCGGAUCACAGCAUUUGGGACAUCGUCGUGUCCACCUCGCGGGGAAUGGAUUCUAUCACCACUUGCGAUGCGACCGGCUGACCAACUCCUAGGAUUCGGCUUGUCAGCAUCUCGUAAUGGAACCAGAUCCCUGCUAUCAGGCCUCCAAGCUCACAUCAUCAAAUGGCUCCUGUUCGAUUCCCGGCCUGUCACGAAGGAUAAUAAGUCGAGUGAACCACCCGACAGCUACUUGCGUCCUUCAGAAGAGCGGCAAGAGGAAGCUCUCUGGAGAUCUUGCAGUGAUAUCAUCUGGAGAUGUGGCGGGCAAGGUCAAACAGAGCCGAAAGCAAUCGUGGCCUUGCCAACUGAUAAAAUAUAUGUUCAGCAUGGGUCCAAUUAUUAUCAAGACGGCGUUACAGAAAAGCUGCAUUUGUUCGAGUUCAGCAAUUUGGAGGAUUUACAAAUAUUUAUCAAACGAUAUCUAUAUUUGUUUCAAAUAGAAGAUGGAGCAGGUGCCUUGCUACUGUUGUACGCCGCGAUACUGUCAAGGGGCUGCGAGAAUAUAAGAAAAGACCUCGACGGAAAACUGAGUUACUUAGUAUCAACACAAGUGGAAGGCUCUCUGAACGUGACAACCCUACUGCUGACCGGUCGAGCCACUCCCUAUCUACAUAAUGGAGUCCAGUACGUCGGGGAUGAAGAUCAUUACGCAAUGCCUCAAUUUGGAAUUCUUUCACGAAGUUCAGUUGGUCUCCUCGUGUGGUACAAUGGUGACGAGUCAAGUAAUAUAGGCCAUAAUGUAUCCAACCAGUACCCAGGGUCCAGAUUGAAGACGCCCGCAUUACCAAUAUGGGUUACAAACUGCUCUGGUCACUACGGGAUACUUUUCAACACGAACCGGGAAUUGCUGAGAAAUUAUCACGCCGAGAGAAGGUUCGACAUACAAUAUUAUACGUGUGGCGGUUGCCAUGUAAUCCUGAACGUGGAUACUCGAGCUCAUGAGGACCUGGGACACUUGAGAAAUGAUGAUAUCAGUGCAACGCCUUUGGAGAAGCUUAUUCAUACCAAAUGGCAAGAUGCAAAAAUAACCUGGACUGGAGCCGCACCCUAUUCAGGAGAUUCACCAAUUUAAUCAAGUUAAUCCAAUUACGAUUGGUCGGAUGGUUCAGCUGCUAAAAGCUUCAUUAGCUUUUUUGUAAUUGGAAUGGC